GCCGGAGCGAGGAUGAGCCAUGUCCGCAUUUUGCCUCUUAAUCUCCCUUUCUAUGAUAUUUUGCCCGGAUUGUGGAUGUGAAUGGCAACCAUCCCUUGGCUUACAAGCAAAGAACUUUCCCGCUCAAAUGCUCUAUCCAGAACAAUGGGAUCUCUGCGAGCCCCGUACACAAUUGCGGAAGGUGGUUUCAAUGCCAGGACUCGUUGCUCUGAUCAUAUCUGCUAAGCUGGCGUCAUGCUUACAGGCAACGAUAUUCCAGCCAUUCUCAUCUCAAUUGAAACCGCCUCAGCAUUGAUGAACACAAGUUGUCGGUACCCACCUUCCUCAAUCAUAAUCAGGAUUUCUUUAUUGCAGUCGAGGCCUUCGAAUCAUUAAUUGCGCCCGACUACCUGCUCAUGUCGGACCUGUGGAU